CGAUCUCGCUCUCCUCGGAUGCCCCGCCCCUUGGCUGCUUUCGGCUGUCUCUGCUCUGUUAUUUUCAGUUAGGGAGGACUGAGAGAACGAGAACGAGAAAGGUGUGUGAGUGACUCAGAGCAAGAGCGCACCAGGGCCAGACAGAGUCAAAGUCAGCUUCAGCUGCUACACCAGGGGAGGUGAUGAUGGCGGCAGCUGUGGAACGAGGUGGGGUUCGGGCAGCCGUCUUGAACCAUGGCAGUGGCGGUGGCGCCUUAUCGGGAUUGGCGGUUACACCAGCGGGAGCAGGAGCAGGAGCAGGAGCAGUAGUAGGAACAGCACUCGGAGCCGGAGCCGCCGGAGUUGGAGGUUCUGGUUCGGGGUGCUCGGGUACAGUCCCGGUUCCUAUGAACCUGUUCGCUACCUGGGAGAUAGACCGGUCGUCCCCAAGCUGUGUUGCGAGGUUAUGUAGCCUGACUCUGAAAAAGCUGAUCGUGCUCAAAGAACUGGACAAAGAACUCAACUCUGUUGUGAUUGCUGUGAAAAUUCAGGGUUCAAAACGGAUCCUGAGAUCAAACGAGUAUCUCCUUCCACCCAAUGGGCUGAUGGAGACCGAUCUGGAGCUUACAUUCUCUUUGCAGUAUCCACAUUUCCUCAAGAGAGAUGCAAACAGGCUUCAGAUAAUGUUACAGAGGAGGAAGAGGUAUAAAAACCGCACUAUUCUGGGCUACAAGACACUGGCUGUGGGAGUAAUCAACAUGGCUGAGGUAAUGCAGCACCCUACAGACGGAGGUCAGAUUCUGGGUCUCCACAGCAACGUGAAAGAUGCCCCAGUCCGAGCUGCUGAGAUCAGUGUGUACUCUCUCUCCAGCCAGCCAAUUGACCACGAGUAUGGCAGCGUGCCAGCUGGGCCAAAAACAAAAGCGUCAGAUCGAUCCCCUGACAUUGAUAACUACUCCGAGGAAGAAGACGACAGCUUUUCUUCUGAACAGGAGGCCAGUGAUGAUGCUGUGCACGGCCAGGAUCUGUAUUAUGAAGACGAUGAAGUCAGAAAAUCUAAGAAAUCCCGGAGAAAAAUGAUCAGAACGACGUCUAUGACCCGGCAACCGAACUUCAAGCAGAAGUUUGUAGCCCUACUGAAGAGGUUCAAAGUUACAGAUGAGGUUCUGGAUUCUGACCCGGUGGAUCAGACCCAGGAGGUGGAGGAGGAUCUGGAUCUGCUUUAUGACAGUCUGGAGGUCUACAACCCCAGCGACAGCGGGCCAGAAAUGGAGGACACCGAGAGCGUCCUGAGCACACCGAAGCCGAAACUCAAGCCAUUUUUUGAAGGAAUGUCGCACUCCAGUUCACAGACAGAGAUUGGGAGCCUGCAAAGCCAGAAGAGCCAGAACAGAGACCCUGCCAUUCCUACUGGUGAAUUUCUCUCAUGUGAGAAGAGCAAACCUGCCCCCUCCAGGUAUCCGGAAGAGGUUAUUGUGGAAUCCACACCAGGGGAGGCUGAGGAGGAGGAUUUAGGCACUGGGAAUGCCAGCACCUGGGACACUAGCACAGAUAAACUGACUUCUUCUGUCGGGAAGCUCAGUAAAACAGAGUCCCAGAACCUUGUGUCACCCAGCAAAGUAGAAAUUAAGCAGCAUAGACGCCCCCGAAGCACUUCAAUGAAAGAUCGUCAGAACUCGAAAGCACAGAUUGACCGAACAUACAGCAUCGACAGCGAGAGUUCACCAGACUCUAGGCUCAACACACAGGUCCCGAGGAAAUCUGUGUACGACCAGCUGAACCAAAUCCUGAUCUGCGACGAGCAGCUGCCGGAGAGCAUCAUCCUGAUCAAUACGACAGACUGGCAGGGCCAGUAUUUGUCUGAGAUUCUACAUGAGCAAAAUCAGCCGAUUGUUUCCACGUGUUCAGUGGUGGACGUUCAGGCAGCGUUUAACACUAUUGUUACCAGGAUCCAGAGAUUCUGUAACUGCAAUUCCCAAAUGCCUCAUACAAUAAAAGUGGCUGUGGCUGGAGAUCACAGUUAUCUGAGCACUAUCCUGAGGUUUUUUGUGGAACAGCUGGCAAACAAGACUCCCGACUGGCUCAACUACAUCCGAUUCCUCGUCAUCCCUAUUGGCUGCCAUCCACUAGCCAAGUACUUGGCAUCAUUUGAUAGCAAAUUCAAUAAUAUCUUUAUGGACGCAGCAUGGAGGGAGAUCUUCAGCAAAACAGAACCACCAACCUCAGAAAACAUCGACAUUGCAGGUCGGAUAAGCCAGUACAUAGCGGGUGCCAAUGUUUCCCAUCAGUUCCCUAUCUCGGAGGCCAUGCUCACCUAUAAACAGAAGAGCCCUGAUGAGGAUUCCUGUCAGAAAUUCAUCCCUUUUAUUGGGGUGGUAAAGGUGGGGAUUGUGGAACAGAAUCUAUCUGCCUCAGUGGAUUCUGAUGAUGCCACAGUGUGCAAUGUUAAUCUGCUGACAUCCCCUCCGGCCUCUGUGGGCAGCACACAUGGGAAAGAGAUGACCGGCACCCCACCCCCGUCCCCGUCUGUUUCCAGCGGACUGUCCGGAGCUGGCUCUCCGGGUUUAGGGGGAGAGGUGAUGGGACUGCAGGUGGACUACUGGACCUCGCAGGGGCCAGAGAAGAAGAAGGACGGGGAGAAGCGGGACGUGGGCAUGAAAAAUACUCUGAAGAGCAACUUCCGCUCCCUCCAGGUCAGCCGGAUCCCCAACAGCGGAGAGCUCACAGCCCCGGCCACCAUGUCCAUGACCGUGGUCACCAAGGAGAAGAACAAAAAGGUAAUAUUCCUCAGUAAGAAACCCAAGGAGAAAGAGCUUGAUUCAAAAAGUCAGGUGAUUGAUGGGAUCAGCAGGUUAAUCUGCACUGCCAAACACCAGCACACCAUGCUUAAAGUCUCCAUCGAUGGUGUGGAAUGGAAUGAUGUCAAGUUUUUCCAGCUGGCUGCUCAGUGGCCUACUCACGUGAAGCACUUCCCUGUGGGAAUAUUGGGAUACACCAAACCAGUGUAAUGCCAGCUGCAGCUGAACUUCAAAGGAGUUUUUAAAGAGAAAGAAAGGGGGCAGAAAAACAACUUGAUAAUAUACAGUUUUCCUGUGGAAAUUAUAAACCUCAAAAGGUGUCCUUAAUUUAUUUUUUAUACACACGCAAAGAACAACUUAUCUCUUUUUUUGGGGGGGGGGGGGGUGGGGGGGGGAUGCAGCUGCUCUGAAAAACAUGAAAGAAAGAAAAAAAAACUAUUAUUGUUAUUUAAACAUGGCAGCUUUGUUUGCACUUUUUAAUUAUUAAUAUUUUUUUUUAUUAUUUCUGUGAAAACUAAAGUGGAUUUGUGUUACGACAGCAGCGGAGCAAUGGAAGACAGUUUGUGUGUGUGUGUGUGUGUAUUGCGGAGGAGGUGAAUAUAGAGAAGAUUGCUGCUGUGACACUAGCUAGGGGAUUCCUUCGCCUGUUAGAAAUGUUUUUUUUUAAAGAUGUUACUUACUGCCAUUUUUAAUAUAAGGAUUUUAGCAAAUACCUUUUUUUAUUUUAAAGCACACUGUGGAUUAGAAGCAAAAAAAAAUAAUAAUAAUAAAAAAAAAAAACAGAUGCAGAAACUUUGAGUAGGACAUGUAGAAAAAAAAAGGAUUUUGACGUGAGUGCUGGCAUUCAGAACCUGACUACAGAAGCGUGGCAUCAACAUGUGACAAAAGACACUCGGAUAGACUCUUAUGGAAGACUCUGGGAACCUCAGGAAGGGCUGAACUGACAUAAGCACUGCAGGUCGAGAUGAACUGAACAGGAAAUUGAAAUUGGGGGAAAAUUUCUUUACCGACUAGGGCUCUCCUUUUGCUUACAGCUGAACACCAAAUUGAAGUACCUAGCUGUUCACUGUUUAAUUCCUACAAAACCUGAACUUUUUAUUAUUAUUAUUAUUAUUAUUAUUAUUAUUAUUAUUAUCAUUAUUAUUAUUAUUAUUAUUAUUAUUAUUAUUAUUAUUAUUAUUGAAUCUCUGGAGCACUGUUACUGUUUUAAAGUGUCUUGGUGUGGUUGGUCACAGCUUGAUUCACACAACACCGACCAGUGGUGGUUUCAAAACGAAGUCAUUGCAAAGGAAGAAUCUUUUCCCUUCUCCUGUUUUUAAUCUUCUUGUUGACAAAGCAUUAGGAAUCUAAAUCGGCUUCAGUUAGGUCUUUAACUUUGACCUAACUGAAGACAGUAGUUCAAUUCGAGUACAUUUUCAUUUUUCCCCUCCAUUUCAUUUCAGCAAAAGUUGGUAUAAAUCAAUUAUUUUUUGUUAUUUGUUGUUGUUGUUACCAUUAGGACUAAUUCCAGAACCUAUACACUGCUCCCUCUUUAUAAAGCUGUCCUUUAUACUGCGGAACAGGUUAUAAGGUCAGUACUACUAACAUUAACAGCACAGUCUCUUAACUGUGGCUCCUGACUGCAGCGUUAUAAAGGGGGAGCACUGUAUUCAUAUUAUUUUGAGUAUACAUUUCUAUGUGCACAGUUCACUCUUAAUAAUAACAUUUAUUAUUUGUUUAUUUAGCAGACUCCUUUAUCCAAGGCGACUUACAGAGACUAGGGUGUGUGAACUAUGCAUCAGCUGCAGAGUCACUUACAACUAUGUCUCACCCGAAAGACGGAGCACAAGGAGGUUAAGUGACUUGCUCAGGGUCACACAAUGAGUCAGUGGCUGAGGUGGGAUUUGAACCGGGGACCUCCUGGUUACAAGCCUGUUUCUUUAACCACUAGAGCACACACCUCCUAUAAAGGGAAAUAAUAAGGGGGAGUGGGGUUUAUGAGUUGACCGGUUCUGUAGGUCUUCAUCAGCACCUUGUAUGCACUAUACCAGGGGUGUCCAAUCCUGGUCCUGGAGGGUCGCUGUCCCUCCUGGUUUUUGUUCCUACUGUGUCCUAAAUUACUUAAUUGGACCAAUUAUUGUUCUAAUUAAGUAAUUUAGGGCACAGUUGGAACAAAAACCAGUAGGGACACAGGACCUGGAUUGGACACCCCUGCACUAUACCACCUAUUUUAGAAAUAUGAUCUAAUUCAUGCAUUUAGCUACUGCUAGAGGCCAUACAGUAAUUAAAAGACAUUUAUAUGUAUAUAUGUCUAUCCCAUGUCUUCAGGGCAUGCUCUCAGUAUGCUUAGCAUCCAUAGACGCUGGAUGGAUAGAUAACAUGACCUACAACUGACCUACAGCUGUCAUUUCUUGCAUCCACACUGGUAUUGCUACAGCAGCUCCUAGGGUGUUGAGUUUACAAUGUGCAAUUAUCAACAAGAUUGGUUGAAUAAGAAAAACAACUGACCUAGAUUUGCUCCAGUCUCUGAUCAUGCAGCUCCUUGUUUAUGCUGUGAUUAUCUGCUGGCUUGGUAGUUAAUGCUUGAACCAGGUAUGCAUGUCAAAUGAGCACAAAAUGUUUUGAACACUCAACGCAGGCCUGUUUAAUGAGUAGCCUAGCAAAUGUGCUCAACAAGCUUUAAUAUCUUUGUUCAUGGAUGGAAAACCAAGUAACUAAUAGAUGCCCUUAAUGAAAUGAACAACCUGUUGCUGGUCUUUUAAGAGUUUGAUCCUUAUUGCCCCUUCAUUUCCGAUGCCUGUAGAGAAGGUGGUAAAUUAAGAGAGCAGUCUGGAGAGUUUGCUGCAAACUUCUCCUUUAUUUUCUUAAUUUAAAUAAUCCAUCAAUGUACAGUAUAUUUCCAUGAUCUCUUUUCAGUGUAAGGCAUAUGUCUCAUGAUUUUGUGUGGCAUUCCUGAUUAGGUAUCUAGGUUUUAUCUUCAUGACAGGUGGGCAUGGUUUACAGUAGUUUUGGGAUAUCAUUCAUAUUUCAGUGAUUAUGUUUCAUACUUGCAAAUUAAUUAAAGCUUUUUGGCUUUGGUCAGUCAUAGGACAUGGACAGAGUUCUAUCAAUUAUCACUUUGAAAUUUGUAUCUUGGAUUCAGCUGUGAAAACAGAUUGUUUGAAGAAGUAAAAACUACUAAAACUUUCUCUGAUUGUAAAAGAAUAUAACAAUUAUUGUGGGAGAAUAUGCAUGAGCAUAAAGACCUCUUGUUCUGUACCUCUCCUCUCCAGACACAGAGUGGGUCGGAUGUCUUUUUUCUUUUUUAAUAAGCUGUGAGACCGUGGGGUUUAUUCUCCACAAUCACUGUGGCUACUUCAGACAACAAGUGCAGUAUCCCAUUUUCAAGUCUGAAUAAACUGGAGCAGAGUCUCCUUUUGGUCCUUUUUAAGUCUUAACACUUUUUAGAAGUUGUUCUGCUGUAGCGGAUGCAUGACGUUUUAUUUUCAAGUUGCGUUCUUAUGCCGGAAUUGACAUCGGUGGCCUUUUUAGAUGUUGUUUUGUUGGGUUUCAGACAUCCUGGCCUGAAUAAAAUCAAAUAGUUAAGGCAGCACCAUCAUUUCGAUAUAAUCCAAGAUGUAUAUUAAAUUAUUAAGCACCUGGGACACUUUUGUAAUGCUUAGAUGUGUGGUUUUAUUGCCCAGCAGCUUUUUAAUUACAGAGGGCUAUUUAAUGGGUCCCCUUUAGUGCCACAGAGGCGAUAUUGCAGUCCUGUAAACUGACAUUGCAGAAAGUCUUAGGGGUUGAAUUUUACUCCCUCCAGCAUACACCAAUUGUAAUUUGUGGUGUAUUUUACAGCACUGGGGAAACACCCUAGAUUGCAUUAACCAACUGUCCUUGGUUAUCCUGGAAAGACCCCUAAAAUGAGUACAGUAGUUGAUGCAAUCCUGGUACAUUCCCUGGUCCUGUAGAUUGCAUUAAAAACUGCCUGUGAUGAAUUAUACCAAUGUGGGACUUUCAACUUUUUAAACUAGGAAGUUUAUAUAGACUGCACUCUGCAAAGAGGACCCCCCCCCCCCCCCCCUUUUUUUAUCUUUUGAAGUUUGUAUUGAAAUUACGAUUGAGAAGAGGGGAUACUGCAGCCUUGAUAUUUUAAGAGAGAAGUUUGUGUAACAUUUGAAUUGAUGUAGGGUUUUUUUUUUUUUUUUUUUGCUUUUCGGAUGCGCGAUUGUUGUUGUUUUAAAAUAUUUUUGAGAGAAUCACUUUGGGUCGAUUUGAAAAAAGAAAGUGUGUGGCACAGUGGUUAGAGAUACUGGUUACACCCCCAGAACAGGGGUGGGCUGCUUGUUCACAUGGUCUUAUCUAGCCUUGUAUAGGAUGGCCCUCCAGGACCAGAUUAGCCCAUGCCUGCCCCAGAAUCUGAUUUGUCAUGGUGCUACCUGGACUGUUGCUUGUGAUAUUGUUACUCAUGUGAGCCUGAUAUGAUUAAGCCAGUAGAAAUCUAAAUGGCAUUUUUAAACAAGCGUAACACUACAGGCUGCAACUCCCAAAUGUGUUUGCUGCUACUAAUUUAUAUUAAAAGUCAUUUUACAUUAUCCGAUUUAUAGUAAUCGGAUGUUAACCAUUUCUUUCUACCACUAAACCGUCUUCUAAAUAUUUGUAUUUGAUUUUUUUAAAGCACAGUAUCCCUUUUACAGGCCUAUUGGGAGAAUGAUUUUAAGAUUUUAACCACAGUUUUGAAAAAUAUUUGCCCUAAUGUGAGAUUCAAGAGGCAGCCAAAGUAAUUGAUCAUUUUGAAUUUAUAAUAAUGUAUUAUAAAAAGGUGUUAAAACCAGUAAUAGAACAUUAUUAAUGAAAGGCUAUAGAAAUGCUGUGUUAUUUUUUUUUAUAACAUGACAUAGAAGCUUUUCAUUUGUAGUGUCAUUAAAAAUAUAUUGUAAUAAACUGUUACAUCUUUAUAAAUGUUAACAUCUUCAAUAACAUGUUUAUAAAUGCUUAUUAAUUUUUAAGCUUCUGUUCUUAAUGUUAUAGUAACACUUAAAAACCAAACCACUACUUAAGCCCCUUUCACACUGGCACUCCUACCCAGGUCCGGACCUGGGUCCUGGCUACCCGGGUCACAAUCCUGUGUAGUGUGAAACCAUGUACCUGCGUCGGACCCAGGUCCAAGUGACCCACCUCAGGAUGUGGACUGACACGCUUUGACCCGGGUUGAGCGAGACAAAAUGCUUGACGGCCGUUCGUGAGCCGACGCAAUAACAAACAGCCAUGCCUGCGUGAAGAUUUCACUUCCACAAGGAACAUUUCUGUUUAUUCUGUUUAGCCAUAUUUUUGCUUGAGACAAGCAUGAGUCAGAUUGCAGCAGGGAUGAAGAAACAUUUAAUCUAAUCAGCAUUUGGGCAGACGGUUCAAUCCAGAGAAGCUUGGAUGGAAGCGUCAGUAACAAGCUGUUUCCAGGGCAUUGAUACUCGUAUUGUGCACUUGCAUCUGUCACCCAGGACAACCCUGCUUUAUCAAAAACAGUGAGAAGUCAUGUACCCGACCCGCAUGACACCGGGUCCUGACCCGGGUAGAGCAUGAGAGUGUGAAAGGGGUUUUACUUUUCAUUUUCACCUGGCAUUUCUUGCUUUAUUGGGAUUCACUUGCACAAAAGACACUUGGCACCGGGUAACCUACUAGAGAUAAGCUUUUGGGGUGGGGGGCAACCUUUUUUUUGUUUGCAUUUUGAAAAAGCAUCACUAUAACCUUGCUUGACCAUUAACACAAUAUUUACACUUUCUUUGUGAAGGAAAAAAGUCUGAAUUGAUCAGCACACUGGGAUAUACGGUGCCAAAAAGGACAGAUAAUUAAACAUUUAAAAUUCUUAAUUUCUAAAUUCUGAUACAAGUCAUGUCAUAUCAUUUUUUUUUAAUCUUAUGUACUGUAAUUUGCAAAUAACAGGGGUUGGAAAUACUCUUUUAAUAAAUAUAAUACAAACACAAAAAGCAUUCUACAUUAGAGUAUAAAAGUACAAGAAAACUGCACCCCUCCUUGCAUUGAGCGAUCCGCUAGAGAAAUGCUCACGCCCUUGAAAUUCGGUGCAGCAAUUGAAGUGGACUGCUUUUAACCUUUACCUGCUGUUAACUUGAUCAUUACUAUGAGAGUAGGGUGGCUGGGGGCAAUCGUUAUUCUCAAUUCUAAAUUGCCAUGAAAAUAAAAAAUGCUUGCUUAGGGGGAUACUGUGCUGUUUCAGAUGUGGGUGUGUGAUUAGGUUAAAAACAUCCCAGGCAGCUCUUAAGAAAUGUGGCUAGUACUGUGGUGAACUAUUAAUAGCAUUAUUUGUGUUGGACAUCUUUAUAAUGGUAUGUUAAUUUGACUCAAAGUGUUUACUCCUUUAUGUACUUGUACAUUCAUUUAGAAAACAUGUACCAGACAGUAGCACAUUAGCAGAACAGUUAACUUUGUUUUUGCCAUUUUGACCAUUUAAAUACAUCAGUUUCAAGCACUAACUCUGGGACAUCAGAGACCACCCUUGUAUUAAAAGAGUGUUUUUUCUUUUAGGAAGCUGGACAUUUUUUUAAAUUUCUAUUUAACUUUGGGCUUGCCUGUUCUUAAUGUAGAUGACAGGCAUCUUUGCACAAAUCUUGUUUUGAAUUAUGAGACAGUAUUUUUUUUUUUUUUUGUAACCUUGCCACUUAAUAUAAAAAUUAAAAGGCAUAACAAAACAUGGAUUUAUUCUUUGCAUGUUUUAGAUGGAUGUAAAUCUGUAUUGACAUUUUAUAUUGUUUGUUUCUUUCCAUGCUCUCACAAGCAACUGUGUUUAUUAAAAGAUUUUUAACC